ACGUCACCCCCGCGCCGCCCGCGGCGGCCGGUGUGUCCGGUGGGCCCGGCCCGGGCGAUGGCGGCGGGCGCGGUGCGGCCCGGGCCUGGUCCCGGUCCCGGUCCCGGCCGGCUGGCGCUGGCGCUGGGGCUGGCGCUGGGCGCGGCGGGGGCCAGCCUGGGGCUGCUCUGGAUGCUGCGGCGGCGCCGGCGGCCGCCCUGGCCCUGGCGGCGAGGAGGCGGCCGGGAGGCGGAGCCCGCGGGGCACCGGAGCCAGGUGGUGCCCAGGGCGGUGGGCGCGGUGGAGGCGGGGGACGCGCCGCACACCCCCCUGCUGCCGCGGGACGAGCCGCUGGACGUGCUGCAGCGCCUGGACCUGGUGCUCAGGAACAUCGCGGAGCUGCGCGGGGACGUGGAGGAGCUGCGGGGCAGCCUGCAGCGCCUGGCCGCCGACAUCCUGGGCCAAGUCAGGUCGCACCUGGAGGAGACCCAGCGCGUGACGCGCCGGCGCCGCUUCCCGUUUCCCCGGGAAAGAAGCGAUUCCGUGACCUCCAGCUCCAUUUACUUCACCGCCAGCUCGGGAGCCGCCACCACGGACGACGGGGAGAGCGAGGGAGGGUACACGACGGCCAACGCCGAGUCUGACUACGACCGGGAGUCGGAGCGGGCGAGCGAGGAAGGGGAGGACGAGGCGAGCUGCGCGGCGCGGGGCUCGCCCGAGCUGGCCCCCGAGGCCGGGCCGCUGGCCCCCGAGGCCGGGCCGCUGGCCCCCGCGGAGCCCUGGCCCGGGGCCGGGCUGGCCCAGGUCCUGCAGCAGGCCGACCGCCUGCACCGUGGGGACGCCUGCCAGCAGAGAGAGGCCUUCCAGCUGCUGCUCAACAACAAGCUGGCGUACGCAGAGCAGAAGGACUUUGUCUGGCGCCUGGCCCGAGCACACAGCGACAUGUGCGAGAUCACAGGAGACGCGGAUGAGAAGAGGUCGUACGCGGCCGAAGGGAAAGAAGAGCUAGAAAUGGCCUUACAGAAGUGGGGUGAGAGUGCCGAGUGCCAUCAGUGGUACGCGGUUCUGUGCGGGCAGCUGUCGGAGCACGAGAGCAUCCAGAAGCGCAUUCAAACUGGAUAUGUGUUUAAGGAACACAUUGAUAAAGCGAUUGAACUGAAACCAGAGGACCCAAAGUCUUACUAUCUUCUGGGCAGGUGGUGUUACCAGGUCUCCCACCUGGGCUGGCUGGAGAAGAAAACGGCUGCUGCGUUGUUCGAGGCGCCCCCGACGGCCACCGUGCAGGACGCGCUGCAGAACUUCUUACGGGUCGAGGAGCUGAGCCCAGGCUUUUCCAAAGCAGGCAGAGUCUACAUCGCCAAGUGUUACCGGGACCUGGGGAACAGCUCUGCCGCCGCGCUCUGGCUGGACCUGGCCGCGGAGCUGCCGGUCGCUACCAAAGAGGAUGCGGAGAGCGAGAGGGAGCUUGAAGAGAUGCGGUCGGCCUGGCAGCAGUGACAGCGCGGAGGCCGCUGCCGGUGCUGCCCGGGCGGGCUCUGCGGGUCCGACACGCGGCUGCGCUCUCGUCUCACGGCCGCCAGCGGCCGCGGUGCCGUUGCACAGGAUACGUUUGUGUGUAAUCGUCCUUCUUGAAGCACUGCCUGUGUUUGGUUCCAAAGCUCCUGAAAAAUGUCAAAGUCUUAUGUGUGGGGGUGCAGAGGUAGAAUUUGUGAUGUAAGAAUAUUUGUGGUUAUAUAUAUAUAUAUCAGAGAUAUGCGAGGUAUAUACGAGAUAUAUACCAUGUGAUAUAAGAAUAUAUACACAAAUAUAGACAUAUUUCUAUAUACACAUGUAUAUUUUAUAUCACAAACUCUACCCGAGGGGCCUGCUGGGCUCCCUCCGCGGACCCCCGAGGAAAUCUUCAGCCAGGUGUUUUCCAGAUGAACCGUUUUCUCUUUUCCCUGCUAAUAGCUGUUAAUUGACUGGUUCUCAGUGAUCACGCCUCCUGCGGUGCUGGGGUUGCAGGCACGGCGGUCAGGGCGCUGACCCUGGGACGGCAGAAGAGGGAACUGCAAAACCAAAGGAAGAUAACGACUGAAAUAACCGGUUGUCAGCCUGCUCCUUGCCGUGGAAAAGUUGUUGUGUGUCCAGCACAGCCUGGCGUUGGUCCUUCCCAGCCGCGCCUGAGCUGCUGCGCUGCUCGUGUGGUGAGCUCUCACCAGGGGACCAAACAGACUUCCUCACAAUACAAGCUUGAUUUUUCGGACGUGUUGCUGUUGUCAGAGAGAUGAGUGAUAGGAUUUUGAACUCCAGGGUUUCCUCCCGGUGACGCUUCUCCUGUCGCUCCCGUGAGGCCGAGGACUCUUCUGUCCCUCCCAGCUGUGCUGCUGUGCUGCAGAUGUUGUAACUUGAUUUAUUAAGGGAUAACUACUUGUUGAAGUAGUGCUUGAUCAGUGAAACGCGGGUCACAGGACAGACGUGUCCUGUGACAAAGCUGACGCUUCCCCUGCUGUUCUUUACCGGUUGUUGGUGAGGUGACAGCGGGAAGGUGACACUGACAACCUGCCCGGGGUACCAGACAGGCUGAGUUCGGCGCUGUGCAGAAGUGUCCCCAGGUGUCCCCGAUCCCGUCUCAGCUGGCAGCUUACCAGACUCAGUUGUUACCGGGGUGCUGUACGGUGUUUGUGAAGGGUGGAGUUUAAAAGUGCCAGAGUAAAACAUUUCUUAAUCACCUUUGUAGUCCCUUGCACGUGGGUAUGAACCUGAUGGGUUUUUAUACUGUGUGAAAAUAACACCCAAGGGGAAAUUUGUAGCACACUCAUGUUUUACACCUUCCCGUUUCAUAGACUGGGCACUUUUUAGCUGUCUUUUUUGGUCCAAAUUUAAGCGUCUAAAGUGCUGGUGCUGUGCUCAUGUCUGGAGAUGCGGGCGAGCGUGGGAGCUCCGGUUGCUGGAGCCGCUGGAACGGGAGAUCGCGGGGGUUAUGGAUGGGACCGAGCACGCUGUGGUUCUGCCCGGGUGGCGCUCUGGAGCCGUGGGCAGUGCUCUGGAGCCGCGGGUGGCGCUCUGGAGCCGCGGGGCUCUCGGGGUUUAAUGUCUGCUCUUCUCGAGCUCUCCGCUGAACGGUGGAACUGCCUUUUCCCUUCCAGUGGCGUGCUCUUGUUUUGAAUAUUUUCCAGUGGACGACCAUUGUUGGUUUUUUCUUCUAAACAUUUAAAUAUUUGCCCAAGUUCUGCAGCUCUUUUCUGUCGGGUUGCUUAAGCCGAGCCGGGCAAUGUGCAACAGGGUUUUUCUGGAGUUUUUUCUCCGUGUUUCCUGUAUUUAAGUUCUGCUUUGAUUUUUGGUUACUUGUGUGUGUGUCCCAGAACAAGGAGGCCAUGUGGGCUGGAGGGGGAAGCUGCAGUUUGCGGUUCCGCUCUGCGCUGCUCGGGGUGGUCGCCGCCGGGCGCAGCCGCAGCCGCUCCGCUCUCGUUUCCCCGUCGCAGCCUGCAGCCAGUGCUUUGAGCUCGCUGUGCCUUUGCUCACCCGCUUCACCUUUUCUUAAAAAAUAUACUUCAGUUUGGGCUUAAAACAGCAGCGUCUGGGGUUCGCCCCCGCGCGUCCCUCGUGUGCGUGGUCCUGGUUGUGACACUGAUCGAAAGAACCUUUUUCGCUUUGGUUUUCCCAUUUCCCGGCUCGUUGUGAGUAAGGAGAAUGUGACUAGUUGACAUGGUUUAAUUGGAAUAGCACAGAUGCGGGUUGAUGGGGAGAUAAGGCUGUGCAACCAAAACACUUCCCAUCAGCACCGCUCGGGAUUGGUUUCUCUUCUUUAGCAAUAACCUGUUGGGCUCCCGUUGGGCUCCGGCUCUGCCGCGUGUGGGGAAGGGGAGGAUGCGCCUCAAUAGCCUUUGGGCAACGUGGAAGUGGUCACUUUAAUAUUUGCACACGCUUUGCAGGCUCAUCCCAGGUACAAUGUGAAUUUCUCUGCACUGAAUCCAUUCCAGGAGCACAAGAAAUGAAUUAACCUGGUACAGUUUUGGUAGAGACUCUGUCCCGUUCCCACCCAAAUGAGUUCUGGACUUACCCCAGGGUGAGGGCAAAUAACUGCCUGGAGCUACUCGUCUUCAUUGUAAAACGUACCCACCUGUGGUUUAAUUUAUGAUGCCGAAGAAUAACUGAAGCUGUUUAACUGAUUUGUCCUCACUGUGCUGUCCUGUUUGAAAUAAAGCGUUUAUAAAUAAGAAAGGGAUCCUGCUUCAA